AUGAUCGCUAGUGCUGCUUCUUGGUUCCUGAAGCUUAAUGCCCUCCUCUUCAUCCUCUACAUCUCCUACACGAUCCGUCUGCAUGCUGUCCAAGUGUACGGGAAGGUAAUUCAUGAGUUCGACCCUUGGUUCAACUACCGAGCUACCGACUACCUGGUGAACGAGAUCAAUGCGCGAGGAUUCUGGGAGGGAUCUCGGUCCUUCUUCAACUGGUAUGACGACAAGGUCUGGUAUCCCCUUGGCAGGCCUGUCGGCACGACCAUCUACUGCGGCCUGCAGUUCACCUCCGCCUUCAUCUACUUCGUGUUGGAGGCUAUCGGUCAGCCAAUGUCGCUCAAUGACGUCUGCGUCUACGUCCCUUCCUGGUUCGCGUCCUUCUCCUGCCUGUUUGUCUUCGGCAUGGCAUGGGAAGUCUCGCGCUCCUACAACUCCGCGCUUGCUGCGGCCUUCUUCAUGGCCAUCUCCCCUGCUCACUUGAUGCGAUCGGUGGCAGGAGGGUACGACAACGAGGGGAUUGCUGUGGCUGCGAUCUGUGGGACCUUCUACUUCUGGGUGCGAUCGCUGAGGGACAGCUCGUCGUGGUGGUAUGGAGUUGUGACGGGCCUCAUGUACAUCUACAUGGUGGCGGCAUGGGGAGGUUACAUCUUCGUGCUCAACAUGAUCGGAGUCCAUGCUGCCGUGCUGAUCAUGAGCGGUCGCUACUCGCAGAACCUGUGGAAGUCCUACUCCAUCUUCUACGUCAUGGGCACCCUCGGAGCCAUCCAGUUCCCCGUCGUCGGGUACGCUCCCCUCAAGUCGCUGGAGCAGCUGGGCCCUCUCUUCGUGUUCUUCUGGCUGCAGCUCAUGGAGGUCUGCAAGCGCUACGAGCGGGCGCAUCCGGACAUGGGCGAGCGUCGCAUCCGAGACUACUACAUGCUCGUCUUCGGAGGAGCGAUGGUGGCCGGGCUUGUGGGGAUCAUGAUCUUCAUGCCCCGUGGCUACCUCGGGCCCAUCUCUGCUCGCGUGCGGGGACUCUUUGUGCAGCACACGAGGACGGGAAAUCCGCUGGUCGACUCGGUCGCAGAGCACCAGGCGACCAGGGAUGAGAUGUACUACCAGUACUUCCACAUCGUGUGCUACCUGGCCCCCAUCGGCUUCGUGUCCAUGUUCUUCAACUUGACCGACCAGAAGCUGUUCGUCAUCACCUACACUGCCAUCUCCAUGUACUUCUCCCGCAAGAUGAUCCGCCUCAUCCUCAUCCUCGCUCCUGCCUCCUCCGUCGUCGCCGGGGUGGCGCUGGAGCUCGUCAUCACCUGGAGCAUCUCUCAGCACCUGGAGGACCUGGAGGAGCCGGCGGACCCGGUCACGGCCAAGUCAGCGGCAGCCAAGAACGUCAAGAAAGCUCAGGGGAAGAAGGGGAAGAAGGGGGGAGAGCUCACGAGCCAUCCCUUCUUCCAGGAGCUGAACGAGAUCUACAGCGAGAACCUGAUGCUCCGCAAGGUGCUGGCGGGGGUCUGGCUCUUCAUGACCCUCUCCGGCCUCCUCUACUACUGGGUCCACUGCCACCGCAUGGCCGAGAACCUCUCGAGCCCCUCCAUCAUGCUCAUGGCGAGGUCCAAGACCGGAGAGCCCGUCAUCAUCGACGACUUCCGCGAGUCCUACUGGUGGCUGCGAGACAACACGCCCCAAGACUCCCGCGUCCUCUCCUGGUGGGACUACGGCUACCAGAUCAACGGCAUCGCCAACCGCACCACCAUCGCCGACGGCAAUACGUGGAACCAUGAGCACAUCGCGCUGCUCGGCCGCGCCCUCGUGUCCCCGGUCAAGAAGGCCCACAGGAUCGUCCGGCACCUGGCCGACUACGUGCUGGUGUGGAGCACGAGGUACGGCAAUAUGUGGGGCGACGACAUCGCCAAGUCUCCUCACAUGGCGAGGAUAGGAGGGUCAGUGUACAAGGACAUCAAGCCUGAGGACUUCUGGCAGGAUCAGAGCGGGAAGCCUUCGGACAUGAUGCGCAAGAGUCUCAUCUACCGCACCGUCAACUUCAGGCUCGACCCCUCCAUCCCUCAGUUUCCUCCCGACACCUUCGAAGAAGUCUUCACCUCCAAGAACAACAUGGUCCGCAUCUACAAGGUCCUCCGCGUCUCCGCCAAGUCCAAGGCCUACUGCUCGGAGGGCCGCGGCUACAAGGCCUGGUACUCCGGGAAGCCGCUGCUCGAGGCGUAUCCCCCCGGCCUCAAGAAGAUCCUCUCGCAGAAGCAAGACUUCAAGCAGCUGGAGGACUUCAACCGCCGUGAUGAGGUGGAGGAAGACUGA